GACCCCUGAAGUUUAGUUAAUCCCUAAUAUUUGAGUUGACAACCGGGCAGAGUGACGUGUAAGUUAAAAAACAACAUACACGGUUUUAUUAAAUAUUAAAAUUAUUGUCUAUUAAAUUCUCGCAAUGAGUUCUUUUAAGAGAGAUAAAAAAGAAGAGGAAGACGGAGGAGGUAAUCCAUUUCAAAAUAUUGAGAGAACUACGGUUCUGCAAGAGGCGAGAAUAUUUAAUGAAACCUCGGUAAAUCCAAGAAAAUGUACUCCAGUCCUUACCAAAUUAUUAUAUCUAUUAAACCAGGGAGAAACUUUAAGCGUAAAAGAAGCUACAGAUGUAUUUUUUGCAAUGACAAAACUGUUCCAAUCUAAAGAUGUGAUCUUGAGGCGAAUGGUAUACUUGGGUAUCAAAGAAUUGAGUUCAGUUGCCGAUGAUGUGAUCAUUGUAACGUCCAGUUUAACAAAGGAUAUGACGGGAAAAGAAGAUAUGUACAGAGCUGCAGCUAUCAGAGCGUUGUGCAGUAUUACUGAUGCAACCAUGCUGCAAGCUAUUGAACGUUACAUGAAACAGGCAAUUGUUGACCGUAAUUCAGCAGUAAGCUCUGCUGCUCUUGUCAGCUCACUACAUUUGACAAAACUGGCUCCAGAAGUAGUAAAGAGAUGGGUGAAUGAAGCUCAAGAAGCUGUAAAUAGUGACAAUAUCAUGGUUCAAUAUCAUGCUUUGGGUCUUUUGUAUCAUAUAAGAAAAACCGAUCGUUUAGCAGUUACAAAAUUAGUUGCAAAACUAACUCGAAUGUCCUUGAAAUCGCCUUAUGCAGUUUGUAUGUUGAUCCGUAUAACUGCCAAAUUGCUGGAGGAAGAUGAUGCAACCAAUGAUUCCCCAUACUUUGAAUUCAUCGAGUCUUGCUUACGUCACAAAUCAGAAAUGGUAGUGUACGAGGCCGCUCAUGCUAUAGUAAACCUAAAACGUACUACUAGCAGAGAAUUGGCUCCAGCCAUCAGUGUCCUUCAAUUGCUCUGCGGAUCCCCUAAACCUACUCUUAGGUUUGCGGCAGUCAGAACUUUGAACCAAGUGGCCAUAUCGCAUCCUGCAGCAGUAACUGCCUGCAAUUUGGAUCUAGAGAACUUAAUUACAGAUUCUAAUAGGUCUAUCGCUACGCUGGCAAUUACAACUCUAUUGAAGACAGGUGCUGAGUCAUCUGUGGAUAGAUUAAUGAAACAAAUAGCCACAUUUGUAUCUGAAAUAAGUGAUGAAUUUAAAGUGGUAGUUGUUCAAGCUAUCAGAGCGUUAGCGUUGAAAUUCCCUCGAAAACACAGUGUGCUCAUGAAUUUUCUAUCUGCCAUGUUAAGAGAUGAAGGCGGUUUGGAGUACAAAGCUUCUAUAGCAGACACGAUUAUAACGAUAAUUGAAGACAAUCCCGAGGCAAAAGAAACGGGACUUGCUCAUCUUUGCGAAUUCAUAGAGGACUGCGAACACGUGUCAUUAGCCGUAAGAAUUCUGCAUUUGCUUGGGAAAGAAGGGCCAAAAACCAAACAACCUUCAAGGUAUAUUCGAUUUAUAUAUAAUCGUGUGAUCUUAGAGUGUCCGUCUAUUAGAGCUGCUGCAGUGUCUGCAAUGGCUCAAUUUGGUGCAGCCUGUCCAGAUCUCUUAGAGAACAUUCAGGUAUUGCUUGCUCGGUGCCAGAUGGAUUCGGAUGAUGAGGUCAGAGACCGUGCAACUUACUACAGCAAUAUAUUGGACACUAAAGACAAAAGCCUCUAUAACAAUUAUAUUUUGGAGACACUUCAGGUAUCAAUACCAUCAUUAGAAAGAUCACUCAAAGAAUACAUUCAAGGCCAGACCAUUGAGCCAUUCGAUAUUAAAUCGGUCCCGGUGGCUGCUGUCCCGAGCUCAGAAGACCGGGAGGUGAAACACAAAUCGGAAGGAAUGCUGGUCAGUCAGGGCCCAGCAAAACUACCUCCAGUUUCCCGAGAAGAGAAUUUUGCAGAGAAAUUAAGCAAUAUACCCGGCAUACAAGCACUGGGUCCUCUAUUCCGCAGUUCCGAGGUGGUGGAGCUCACAGAAUCGGAAACGGAAUAUUUUGUGAGAUGCAUCAAACACUGCUACACGAAUCAUGUUGUUUUGCAGUUCGAUUGCUUGAAUACUUUAAGCGAUCAGUUGCUUGAGAACGUUAGGGUGCAACUAGAACCUAGCGAGGGGUACCAGAUUUUGGACGAGGUUCCUUGUCCAAAGUUACCGUAUAACGAGACCGGUACCACUUACGUGUUAUUGAAAUUCCCAGAAAACGACUUACCAAACAGUAUUGGCACUUUUGGGGCUGUUCUUAAGUUUAUAGUGAAGGAUUGUGAUCCCACAACUGGAUUGCCUGAUACCGAUGAAGGUUAUGACGACGAGUAUAUGCUGGAAGACUUGGAAAUAACUCUCGCCGAUCAGAUUCAAAAGAUAAAUAAAGUGAAUUGGGCCGCAGCCUGGGAAGAAGCCGUAUCUUUCAUAGAAAUGGAAGAUACUUACUCCUUAAGUUCUAUGAAUACUUUGGAUGAAGCUGUGAAAAACAUUGUACAGUUUCUUGGUCUUCAACCUGCCGAAAGAUCCGACAAAGUUCCUGAAGGAAAAACCACUCACAGUCUAUUUCUAGCAGGUAUGUUUCGUGGUGGAAUCGACAUUCUGGUACGAGCAAAACUGGCACUAUCCGAAGGAGUUACCAUGCAGUUAACAGUUCGUUCGCCAGAUAGUGAUGUGGCUGAACUUAUUACAUCUGCUGUAGGAUAAGUCUAAAUCUUUUGCUAUACAACUAUAGAAUUAACAGAGUAAAGUGUAUUAUAGUUCUUGAAAUUUAUGCAUUUAUCAAUAAAUGUAAUUUCUUAA